UUUUAAACAAGUCGAGAGUCUCUGACUGUUAUUGAGAGGAAAUAAAAACCUGCAGCUGUAUCUGGAAGCAACUUCAUCAGAAAACCAGACUGAAGACAUUUGAAGAAAAAUGCAACAAGUUUUCAUCUUCUGCUUCCUCUCAGCUCUCUGCGGUGCGAAAACACUGAUCCAAACAGAAGGAGGAAGCAUCACAGCGAAAUGCUCCUUUACUUUCUCUGGAAGAAGGAAGUUCGUCUGCAGGGAUCCGUGUGAAAACAGAGACGUUCUCAUCGAAACCGAAGCCACGGAGGCUGAAAAAGGCCGGUACAGCAUCAGAUACAGAGAAGGAACAUUUCCAGCUUCUUCCACGGUUCUGUAUGUGAACAUCUCACAGCUGGUCCAGUCCGACUCCGGGCGCUACUGGUGCGGAUUAAAAAGGCGUUUCAUGACUGAUUCACGCCAGGAGUUUCACGUAAAUGUCACAAAUGAUAUGAAGGAGCUGGAACAGCAGCAGACGGAGGCGACAGGCGUUUCUAAAGGCUACGUUCUGCCUCUGGCUUUAUGUGUCGCCAUAUUAUUUGCUGCAGCUGUGCUGCUCCUCUACAAAUGGAAAACAAGGAGAGAAUCUGAUGGUUCGACCAGCAGGAGGCAGUCAAGCAUCAACACCAACAACAAUAGGAGACGGAGAAGCACUCAGUUUUCUGCCUCAAAGUUUACUAACCGGACGCCUCCACCCGACGCUCAACAACAACUUUACUAUAACCUCUGAGGCUAACGGCAUUCCAGGAAUUAAAAUAGAUGUUUUCAUUAAUAGACCCAAGUUCUGCACUAGUUCUGCUCACCAAAACAGCAGAAAGGCAUCAGGUGUGAGGAGAAUACAAACGGGUUCAGCUCUACAUCCAGUUGUGUCGCUAAACCGAAGCUAAACAACUUUCUCAAAGAAAGAUUACAAACUUUAUUUACAAGCACAAAAUCCUGUGCUUACAAAUCAAGUUUUGUAGCUUAGUGAAAUGAAAUGUCUGAGACAUAAAGAUUUGUUCAUCUGCAAAAAUAAUUCUAAUUAAUGUUUGGACGUUUGUAGAAGGUAUUUGUGUGUCUGUAAAAAAGAUUUUUAAUUGUGAUUCAGUUUUGUAUCAUUUGUAAAACCUCAGAUACAAAUAGAUACAAAAAAAGUCUAACUGAAAACUCCUCUGUAUGUUUUACAACAUGCUUUUUAACAUGAACAUUAUGACAAUUCAGUCAGGCAUACAUUCCAAUUGAUAAUUAUUAAACAUUAAGUACUGAGCUCUGUUAACUGUUCAAAUUAGUUUAAAAGAAAUCUAAGGAAACUGAUUGUAUGGAGUCUGACUUGCAGUGUUCACUCUUCCUGGACGCAUGCAUGGGGCGACAGUGGAGAGAAAAAACUCCCCUUAAAAACAGGUCAAGGCACCAGACUGAAGACUUUGUGAUCCAGUUUUUGGUAGAAAGAGAGAAAAGAAAAGCGAUAAAUCAGCCAGAUGGAAAUUAUUGAGCUCAUUUUGAUUUAUUAUGCAACUAAUUGAUUUAUUGCUAAUAGCGAAAGGUAUUAUAUGUCUGUUUGCACAUUUAUGAAUGUAGAAAUGCUAUUGUACAUGUUUGUGCUUUGCAUAAAAGAGUAUCACAGGUAUAAUUUAUUUUUGUCACAAGAGAGAAAUAUUUUUUUGUCCCUUUAUCUUAAAGUCUUUCUUUAAAAGUGAUGGAAAAUAGAAUAUUUUAAUGCUUCAUCUGUGAUAUGACUUUUUAUGUGUAAAUGUAAUCCGUGUUUUAUUUUUAAUAAACUGACCUGAGGAAGAAUACCUGCUGCACUGAGCUGUUGAUGCUGUUGUGGAUCACAAUAAACAAACAUAAACCUGA